AUGCAUUCAGUCUGUCUUUUGUGGGGUCUUUUCACAGUCGCAGCCCAGCGUGCCACUGCACUCACGGCUAGCGUUCCAGACGUUCAAGAAGACCUCGUCACCCUCGGUGGCAGAGUCUACAUGACCAGAGUCACUCUUGGCGAUCGAGUCUACUCUCUUGUCAUCGACACGGGAAGCUCAGAUACUUGGGCCGCGCAAGCAGGCCUGGUUUGCAAGAAUGCGGCCGGCCAGACUGUCACGACUGCAGCCUGCAGAUUCGGUCCGCUUUACAACACGACACUCUCGCAGAGCUACAAGGCGUACAAUCCUCGACAGACAUUCGCUGUCAAUUACACCAGCGGUGAGUAUCUGCAAGGCAUACUAGCAACCGAGCUACUUGGUCUCGGAGAUGUCGGCGCUGGAUAUGCUCCUCGUCAGAUUGUCAACCAGACGAUUGGCAUUGUGCAGCAAGGAUAUUGGGACGGUGAUAGUACCAGCAGUGGCUUGAUGGGCCUUGCAUAUACCCGGCUCGCCAGCGGGAGCAGUUCAAUCGGCUACGAGGCCGUCAGCUUCUCCCUCUUCGACCAAGCCUACUACCCGCCCAUCUUCUCCCUCGCACUCAACCGCACCCUAGUCUCAACCGUCACCAAAACUCAACCCUCCACAGCCCCCGGCGGCGUAAUGGCCAUCGGCGGCCUCCCCGACGUAAGCUACGACACAGCCUCGUGGGUGCAGACCAGCAUCCUGCCCGUCAGUGCAAGCGUGUACACGUAUUACAGCAUCAGAAUCGAUGGCUUCCGCAUCAUCGCGCCGACGGGGUCCACCGUGUCGCCGCAAAACUACGCCGCCAGGGGCCAAAACAUCAUCGUCGACAGCGGAACCACGCUGAUCUAUUUCCCAGACAGAGUCGCGGAUUACAUCGCCUCUCUGUUCCAGCCCGCGGCGACGUACAACGAAGACUCGAGGCUGUACAUUGUUGACUGCGCGGCGGUUGCGCCGCGCGUCGGCGUCACGGUCGCGGGCACCACGUACUUCAUCAGCUCCGAUGAUCUUAUGAACCGCGGCAGUGGGGCUGUGGGGGGUCCGGGAACGGGAGCGGGGACGGGGCAGUGUGUGCUUGCUGUGCAGAGGACGGAGGGGGGCGCUGCUGUGCUGGGGGACAGCUGGUUGAAGAACGUGCUGAUUGUUUUUGACCUGGGGGCGAACAAGGUCAGGAUUGCUCGGAGGGAGGUGUACUGA